AUGAUGGGGCUGUACACGAGCCCCCUUGGCGAAGAUGUCGCUGUUGAGGGCCCACGUACGCCUGAGACGUACGACUGCCUCUCGACAGAUUCAACGACGGAGGAAGGCGACGUGUCUCCUGCGAGUCAGCCUAUCCACGACGAAGCCCCGAUUCCGUUCUCUGUGGCGAUUCCGAGGGCGGAGGUGGUGAACACUGGAGCCUGGCUCACCCACGUCAGCUAUCUGGUUCAGUUCUCCGACAUGGGCGUCAUCCGCACUGUUCGCCGUCGCUUUCGCGACUUCGAGCGUCUCGCUCAGGAUCUUGACCGGCUUCUCUCUCAUCCUCGCGCCCACGUUCUCUGCGCCACGAACCCUCGGCCUCCGCCAUGCUCCCGAGAACCUCAGACACCCAGCGCUGAGCCCCAGGGCCCCAACGGGGCAAGGUGCGCCGGCGGAGACCGUUCGGGACCAUGGGGGAUGCGGGGUGCGACUGCUCCGGGGUUCUCUCUAGAAGAUCCGGUUGGCAGAGGUGGAAACGAUUGGCCGAAAGGAGUUCGUCUAGGAGACAACAGGCCACACUCGCGGUCUCCAGAGCGUCACUGUCACCGAGACAGACUGGAGGGUGGAGAAGCCGGUGUGUCUGUCCCUGCAAGCAACGGCGAAGACGAGGCGCGCGAUACACACCGUUCUUUUCCGCCCUUUCCUUUCGUCGUUUCUGUCGGCGGGCAGUCUGUUCGCUUUCCUGCUGUCGAGGAAGAAAACGACUCCACUCCGAGCGUCGAGGAAAGUCCUGCAAAUCCGUUCUUGGCUUCGCCAUCUUGUUCUGGUCAACGUGCCCCCUGGCUCGGGCGCGGGGAUGCUUGCGCCUACGCAUGUCGGGGCGCAUGCGCGACGAAGGAGUCGCUGGUGUCUGCGUUGCCCGCCAAGCGACUGUUUGGCAACAUGGACCCUGCGUUUGUGGAGGAGCGACGACGAGAACUCGAGCGCUUUCUGCACCUUCUUCUUCUCCGCGAAGAGGUCUUUCUCCUGCCGCCGUUCUGGGCCUUCUUUGAGGCCAGCGCGGCCGCUGCGCUUCUCGCGCGCUUCUUCCUUCUUACCACCCCGGCGAGGAGACGCAGUGGCAGCUACGACGCCGCGGCUCUACGGGUCAUGCAGGAGACACUGUGGGGCAUCCGCGAGCUCGCGGCGGGCCUCAGAGAAGAAGGCAACCGGCAUGGCAGAGACGGUGGAAUGGAUCCGCAACCCACACAGGCUCAGUGGCUCUGUGCGGACCCCGGAGAUCGAGGCGCCUCCUUCGACUUCUCUGCGCUCCGGCUGUGCCUCUCAUCGCCUGAAGGACAUCAGCUUCGCUGCCCGGCGGGAGAGAAGGCAACUCGUUUGCCGGAGACUCUGAAAUCUUGGCGUGCUUCUGCAGAUCCGAGUUCGGCGGCGAUAUCCAACCCCGCGGGUGUUGAGGCCCGCCGCUGUGGACAAAGAGACUCGGAAGAGCCGAGAAAUCGCGUGGAACUCUGGCGUCUUGGUCACCCUCAGUUCGUUCUUCGACUUCUCUGUAUGAUUGCCGAUGGGCCUUUCCUCCCAGCCUGCGUUCAGCUGCAGGUCGUCGAUCUCCUCUGUCUCCUUCUCUCUGUUUCCCCCUCCUGUCUCCUUCGGCCCCUCGUCCAGGCGCACGCCUUCGAGCUGGUCUUUCGCCUCCUGGAAUACACAGCCGCGUCGGUCAAUGCAGAACUCUAUCGGGACCUUUCCAGAUUGAAUCUCCCGCGCAUGCGGAGCUCCCAACCUUCGGCGUUUCCUCGCAUUCCCGGCACCCGCGAAGCGCCAAUCUUGAGAACGGCCUAUUCUCCUCAGUCGGGGGAUGCAUGCGCUUCUGGAGUCUGUUCCUCAUCCGACGAAGCCGAGGAGACCUGGCGAGGCGGUCGAGAGCCGAGAGAAGACAUCCACGGCGUUUCUUGCACUCAAGAGGGGAAGCUCAGAGAGGCGGAGAGACGCGACAGAGGACUUGUGAGGAAGAUCAAGCGGCAGGCAUUGUCCGCGUCCACGACAGGUUCUCCAGGAGACGACCAAGAAGCGAACAGCCAGGACGUCGCCUGCAAGGCCCAUGUGCGCGUGCUCGUCGAAGUCGCCGAUGCAUGCAUGCGUCUCUGUGCCAGACUGAUCGAGCUAUGCCCGAACGAGUUCUUGGUCUUUCUGAAAUCGAAGGAGGGCCUGCUGCGCAUUCGAGACCUCCUGCGCAUGCAGCACACGCGAAAAAGUCUUUCGGUCAACAGUCCCCACGAGGCAAAAUCAAAGGACAUCGGACCGCGUGGAGACAGACGGAGAGACCGCGGUUCGGCCGAGAGACGCCGGCCGUCCCAGAGCGGCUCCCGAGGCCCGCGGGAGAAGGCCGGUGCGCAUGGGAGAGGGUCAGGGAGCGGUUGGGGCGAGGAAGGAGACACCUGGUUGGACAGAGACAGCGAAGAAUCCGUGCGGAAACAGAGACAGAGACAGAGCGAGGCAGCCGUCGGUAGAGCCGACGAGAAGAAAAGCCACUCAAGGCAAACUCCAGACAUGUCCGAAAAUGAAUCGGACGAGCCCGACACCGAUGCCACUGAAGACUCUGCGAACGAAUCGGAGACGAGCUCCAACUCAAGUUUCGAGAGCUUUCUCUCUGAAGAAGAAGGCACUUCGUCUUCUCUUUUGUCUGCGUUGCAUCGUCGUGCAAUGCGCCGCAUGCUGCUUUGUAUGUUGCCUCUGUCGGGUGUACCUGGCGACAGGACUCUGGAGGUCGCGGGCGCAUGUGCGCGAGUUUUUGAAAUGCGAAAACGGCGAGGCAGGAGGCGCGUUUUCCGCGGCUCCGUUCUGUCUUCCUCGGCCUCGUCUGUCUCCAGUGACUCUGCGGACCUUUCUGAGGAGGCGGCUUUCUCAGGUGCUGCCCGCCGUCGCUGGCACCGGAGGAGACGGGGAGAAGAGAAGAACGAAGAGCGAGGACUGUGUGUCAGCAGGGCCUCUCAGAGUCCGUUGCGUCACCGAAACAUGCCCCGUCUGCAUGCACGCGGGAGCUGUACCCCAGAUCGUCAGGGGUCCGCAGGUUCUCACGGCUCUGCUUUCUCUUCUGUCUCUCAUUCUGUCGCUUCCGGUCAGUCCAGCAGCGAAGCUUGCCUGCCUCUGCCAGGCGCUUCUGGAGAGUUCCCCAAGGGCGACGGCGGCGGCGCCCGAGGAGACAGUGGGGAAGGCGCCUUGCAGGGGGAGAGCUCGAUACGCGAGAGUGACGUUCUCCCUCGGAGACAAGCUGCAUGCGCUGCCCUCGCGAUUCCAAACGAGGCGCUGCGCAGAGCUUUCAAGGGCCGCCUUCACUGCUUCGUGGCGCUUCUCCUCUGGAUCGCUCUCCCCCUCGUGGGCGUCGGACGCGCUUUGACGAGUCCUCAGUCUCUCGGCCUGGAGACUUUGUCGCUGCUUUACAAGUGUCGCCACGAUACGGCCUCACGCGUGCUCUGCGCGCUGCUGUUGUCGGCGCUUUUGCGUUCGACCUCCUCGAGUUUCUUCGCGGAAGACGGCCGGCACCGCGCCCGCCUCCGGCAGUUUCUCUCCCACAGUCUGUCGAAGAAAUCCGCGUUCCCCUCCCUGGGGCUCUCAGGCCGCUCCGAAGCGCUGCACGAGGCCUCUCAGGCCGAAGCGACGACCCACCGAGAGGCGGCGAACGGAGACGAAGGAAGGGAGGACGUGCAUGCGCGAGCGAGACAAGCCGCGGAGGCCAUCGGCACUCUCCCGCUUCACCUGGUUAUGCGCGCACUGAAGCAACCUGAUGCAGCCGAGCUGCCGAGCUGCGGCUUGAGCCGCGACCUCUUGUUCUACCUCCUCAGUCCACACGUAGUGCCUCGCUUGAUUCCUCUUCUUUCUCUCUCUUCCUUUCCUUCGCACCGGGGGACGCCGUCUCUUCUCUCUCCUCCACUCUCGCCAUCCUCAAAGGGAGAGCGCGCGUCGCCAGCUCCACCGUCUGUGCUCUCGCCUUCAUGCAGCGGAGCGCGACAGGAAGAGACGUGCGAAGUCAGGGCUGCGUGUGAGAUGGAGAUUUGCUUUUUUGUUUGCUGGCUGCUCGGUCUCCUCGUCAGCCGAGCGAGUCCGCUGUUUGCCUGUCUGAGGCGCGAGGCAGACAGGGAAGGCGGCGGAGAGGACGGGAGUCACGUCCGCGACGUCGGCGCCUGCAAAGCCGCAGAACGGCCCUCUUUCCUGAUUUGUCAACUUCCUGCUUCUGCGUCUGCUUCGCCUUCUGCCUUCACAAACGCGACGUCCUCUCCUAUUCCUUCUUCGGUGCGACAGACGUUUGCAACGCUUCCGUUGGCAACAGACGGCGUCUGCGAAAGAGACCCGCUGUCUCCCGGCGACAGCUGCGCCGCGGCGGCCUCGCCCGGCGAGGUUUCGCGGAUCCCUGAGGCGUCGCCAGACCUGCCACACACAGAUCUCGGAUUGCCUUUGUUUCCUGAUCCACCGGGUGUGAGGGACGCGUCUGAGGCGAGGCCUGUGGGUGGAGAUCGCGAGUCUCAGAAGUCGUCUUCCUUUUCUUCUCGCGGUGGCGCUCGCCGUCUCCGCUGUCUCUCGUCGCAGCCUCUGCUCGGACGCGGGGGUUUGCCUUUCCUUUCAUCUCUCGUGCCGGCCCUCCUCCCGCCCGCAUGUCCAUCCGUUUCUGCUUUCCCCAGUGCAGGAGCUCCGCGCCGCACCGCGCCUGUCGCUGAGGACUCGCUCCCGCUAGGCAGCCUCCCCGAGAGCUACUUGGCGACGCUUCUCUCCUUCCGUCGCCUCCUCCCGCCGCUCUUUGGCCUUCUGCAGCAGAGCCCCAGCGUUCCUCUGCAGCGCCUCGCCGCCUUCGUGCUUCUGUGGCUCCCAGGCUGGCAGGCGCAGGUCUUCCCUCGCGAAGCGGCAGGUCCUAGAAGGCCUCUGAGUUCGGAAACAGGAGACAGCUGUGGGGUAGGCCUGGAACCCUCGCUCGGCUGCGCGGAGACGCCUGCAGGCUGCGAACGCGACGGCCGAGACCAGCGGGUCACAGGCCGGCUUCCCAACCUUGAGGACCGGCAGGCGCACGCAGUUGAAGAGAGCGGGAGACAGCGAAGAGAAGAGGGAAACCACGAGGAAAAACGAGAGCACUGGAGUGGAGAGAGAGCGGCCACAGAGCGCGUGAACGGAGACGGUGAAGGGCGAGAGGGGAGACAGAGGCCAAGCGAGGCUGAGGCUUCUCGCAUGUCUGUCGGAGACACCUGGGGAGACCACGAGUGGGCGAGAAGAGACGAGAAGAAGGCCGGGCAACUCCAGGAACAUCGAGCGACGUCUCGGUCGGCACGGGAGAGAAACCGAGAUCCCGGUGAAAUGCCGGUAGCAAUCCCAGGGACAGAUUCAUCUUCUCUCUUCUCGUCUCCUUCGUGCUCUUCGUCGUCGUCUCAAGUGCGUCUCGAGACGCACAGUGAGAGGGUCGAGCAGAACGCAGAGGCGAGCUUUUCGCGCAUCGCCUUUUCGUCUUUCGACAUCGCGUUGCUCCAAGGCAGGAUGACGGGGUGUCUGCUGCUGUUGCAGCAAGUCCAGGAAGAGGGCGACUCGCAGAAACAGCGACUGGAGGCGGAGAAGAAGAAAUUCCAGUUUCUGGAGAAGCUCGUGGCUUGUCGGCGAAGCUCCCUCCGCAUCUGGAGGCCGAGCGGCCCUCGCUGGGCAAGUCGGAGACCUCCCGCGAGUUUUGAGGCAAGCGGGGCGGAAGGACGCCGACGCUCGGCCGAGAAGACACCCAGUGAAGACUGGGGCGAUGAGGAGCCUGCGCAUGCACAGAGCUGCGAUAGCCCGCUUGCUCUUCGCCUUUCUUCCGCUUCACUCGACUCCAGUUCGUCCUGCUCUCACCUGCCUCCGGGCUCGCCAUCGUUGAGACCUGGGAGAGACGAGCCAGCGGACGCAACAGACCAGGAAGCUACGGACGAGAGCGAGGAGCGGAGACGACGAAGAAAUCGGGGAGAGAGGCCAGUGGAACGGAGAGGAGAAGACGACAUUUGGACGUUUCUCAAGCAGCUAGGGCGACUCAGGAGAACGCGAAGGGAGAUGAAGAGACAGACGAAUCAUGCUGUCGCGUUUCUGACCAAUACCCGCGGGAAACUCGAGAGUGUACACCUGUACGCGAGCUCUGUGGAGCAUUUGUGCACUACAAAGGUUCUGCCUCUGUCUGCGGCACUGCCUGCCCUCGACGCGACCCACCGAAGGCUUUCUUCCUCGCUCGCAGAGAAGGCGCGGAAGGAGGACGAGGCGAUGCAUGCAGCGCAGAAACAAAACGAGCAAGAAGUCGCGGCGCACCAAGUUCUCCAAGCAUGCACUGAGCAGAGCGCCGCUGCCAAACGAGAGGCGAUGCGAACCCGCAACAAAUGGAUGGAAGUCGAACAUCUCAUUGCGGCAGCUCCGCAACGGCGCCAGCAGUUGGAGGAGCAGGUGGAGUACCGCAUGCAGAUUUUAAGUCGGAUUCGCGAGCAGUGCGGCGAGGCAAAACUCCGGCUUGACCAGCUUCGCGGGGACAUUCAGCGACGAUCUCAGCAGAGGACGCAGGACGAGGCAGAGGUGCAGCAGCUCGCUGCGGCACUCGAGGCAUACACAGCUGCGCUGAAUAGCCGCCAAAAGUCCGCCACCGCCUCCCCGGAGCUGGAUCUUUCUUCGCAGCAACAAACGGCGGUUCCCGCAGACCUGAGUGAGGAGAACAACUGGCCACUGCUCACGCCUUUUGUCCGUCUUCUGCCCUCUCGAGUGCAAGCGACUCCUGAAAUUCUUCGUCUCGUCUCCGCCUCGGAACCGGACACAAACGCCGCACCCCCACCGCCUUCCUCCUCCGCUUCUUCAGGUUGGCCAGCGUCGCGAGGCGAGGUCUGUCUGCGCUUUCUUCGUCUGUUGGAGAGUCUGCUGGCGACGAGGAGAGACGCUCUGGGCGAAGGCGAGGACGAAGAAGAGGCGCGAUACCAUGAGGCAAUGGUUUUAGAAGACCAGGUAGAAUCUGCGACAAGAGAAGUGGAGAUGCAUGAGAGACAGCUCGAGCAACUGCGAGUCUCCAUUUCUGAGCAGACCAAUCGUACGAGUCUCCUCAAGAAGGCCGACGCGCUCCAGACCGAUGUUCGCAAAUGUGACUCGGAAGUCUCGCUGUUGACGGAGCAGGAGCAAGCAGCGCGACGCCGGUAUGCGAAGGAGAAGGAGGCGCAUGCGGUGGUUCGCGAUGCCCUGCGUGCAGCGACGGAGGCGAGACAGGCUGCUGCGGUCACUCUCGAGGAUCACGAGAAGAAGAGCGCGGCUCAGCAAGAGAAAAUGAAUUCGUUUCUCUGUCGCGGCGAGAAGGAGUUGCGCCUGCUGUUCAUUCUUCUGCAGAGAGUCGAAGAAAACCUCGACCUGAUGAAGAAGGAAAGAAGGCGAAUCAAGGCUGCGCUCGUAGCCGAACGCGAAUGCCGGCGUAGCCUCGUAGUCAAAAUCCGCAGAGCGACGCGGCAACUCACCGGCCUUCGCGCCCAACUGGACUACGCUGAAGGCGACGAGCACCUGAAGCUCAUCUAG